CCUUCUGCAUAAACAGCCUUUUUAAAGAAAUGGGUGGAUUACCCAGGUCAGAGGAAUCCUCGAAGGAGGAGUCAGUGCAUCCAUUCGGUGCUCCCAUUGCCGCUCCCUUAGCAAGCCACAGGGGACCACUGCUCCGUUACUGUGGCAACAGUGACGACUUGGCAGCCAGACCCAUCAUGACACAGGGCUCCUCGAGACUCUGCGAGAUGCUCUGGCAAACGCUUGCACAAGGAGAUUUGCAUCUGAGACCCCAUUUCCUUUUAAAUUUUGGCUUUGCCUUGCAAGCCUAGAGAAGGAGAAAAUCGCUGGUGGGAGCCCUCCAAGGAGAAAGCCGUGUGGAGGCAGGGCACGGGGAGCGGCAAGGGGCUCGAAUUUAGGUGUCUGCCCCUGCAGAGGCGGGCGAGCUGUGAGCACCUGUCGGGGAGGAGUUGGCUCAUGUGAGAAGAAGGUCAUUCCCGCAGCCUCGCUCUGUUAAGAAUGCUUGUAAGGCAGAGGUGAAAGUGGCUCAGCAGAACAACAUCAGGAAAUCUGGCAGACUGGAAGAGCACAGCUGCCCCCCUGGGCAGCUGCCACGUGUGAAGCAUGGAGGAAAGUAAAAAUGAGAAGGUGAACCAGGCUCAUGUUCUCUUCGACAGAUUUGUCCAGGCUUCCACCUGCAAGGGGACUCUCAAGGCUUUCCAGGAACUCUGUGACUACCUAGAGCUAAAGCCCAAGGACUAUCGUUCCUUCUAUCACAAACUCAAGUCCAAGCUCAAUUACUGGAAAGCCAAAGCCUUGUGGGCCAAAUUAGAUAAAAGAGGCAGCCAUAAGGACUACAAGAAGGGGAAAGCAUGCGCCAACACAAAGUGUCUGAUCAUUGGGGCUGGACCCUGUGGCCUUCGCACAGCCAUCGACCUGUCCUUCCUGGGAGCCAAGGUGGUGGUCAUAGAGAAGAGGGAUGCCUUCUCCCGCAACAAUGUGCUGCACUUGUGGCCCUUCACCAUCCACGACCUGAGGGGCCUCGGCGCCAAAAAGUUCUACGGCAAAUUCUGCGCAGGAUCCAUAGACCAUAUCAGUAUCCGUCAGCUCCAGCUGAUCCUUUUAAAGGUUGCCUUGAUCUUGGGAAUAGAGAUCCAUGUCAAUGUGGAAUUUCGGGGGCUCGUUUACCCUCCAGAGGACCAGGAGAAUGAAAGAAUAGGUUGGCGUGCACUGGUCCAUCCCAAAACCCAUCCAGUGUCUGAGUACGAGUUUGAAGUAAUCAUUGGAGGGGAUGGCAGGAGGAACACCUUAGAAGGGUUUCGCCGAAAAGAAUUCCGCGGUAAACUUGCAAUUGCUAUCACAGCAAACUUUAUCAAUCGCAACACCACGGCUGAAGCCAAAGUAGAAGAGAUCAGUGGUGUGGCCUUCAUCUUCAACCAGAAGUUCUUCCAGGAUCUCCGAGAUGCCACAGGCAUUGACUUGGAGAACAUUGUCUACUACAAAGAUGAUACACACUACUUUGUCAUGACUGCCAAAAAGCAGAGCUUGCUGGAUAAAGGAGUGAUACGGCAUGACCACGCCGACACAGAGGUUUUACUCUCCCGGGAGAACGUGGACCAGGAGGCUUUGCUGAACUAUGCCAGGGAAGCAGCAGAUUUCUCCACUAACCAGCAGCUGCCGUCGCUGGACUUUGCCAUCAACCACUAUGGGCAGCCUGACGUGGCCAUGUUUGACUUCACGUGCAUGUACGCGUCCGAGAACGCGGCCCUGGUGCGCGAGCAGAACGGCCACCAGCUCCUCGUGGCACUGGUCGGGGACAGCCUCCUGGAGCCUUUUUGGCCAAUGGGAACUGGAAUAGCCAGGGGAUUUUUGGCUGCAAUGGACUCUGCUUGGAUGGUACGAAGUUGGUCGCUCGGAGCUAGUCCUUUGGAAGUCCUUGCAGAGAGGGAAAGCAUUUAUAGGCUGCUGCCUCAGACCACCCCAGAGAACGUGAGUAAAAACUUCAGCCAUUACAGCAUUGAUCCUGCCACCCGAUACCCCAAUAUCAACAUCAACUUCUUGCGGCCACAGCAGGUACGCCACUUGUAUAAUACAGGAGACUUGAAAGACAUUCACCUGGAGAUAGAGAACUUUGUGAACUCCAGGACACCAAAGCUGACUCGAAAUGAGUCUGUAGCUCGCUCUAGUAAAUUGCUCAGUUGGUGUCAGAGGCAGACUGAUGGAUAUGCUGGUGUUAAUGUGACAGAUCUCACAAUGUCAUGGAAAAGUGGCUUAGCUUUGUGUGCCAUUAUCCACAGAUACCGUCCAGACUUAAUAGACUUUGAUUCCUUGGAUGAGCAUGAUGUGGAGAAGAAUAACCAACUGGCCUUUGACAUUGCUGAGAAAGAGUUUGGGAUAUCUCCCAUCAUGACUGGAAAGGAAAUGGCAUCUGUUGGAGAGCCAGAUAAGCUGUCGAUGGUGAUGUACCUCACACAGUUCUAUGAGAUGUUCAAAGACACCAUCCCCUCUAGUGCAGAUAGCCUGGAGCUGAAUGCAGAAGAAAAGGCUGCCCUGAUUGCCAGUACCAAGUCUCCCAUCUCCUUCCUCAGCAAACUGGGACAAAGCAUCUCUCGGAAGCGCACUCCCAAGGACAAAAAAGAAAAGGAACUGGAUGGUGCAGGAAAGAGGAGAAAAACCAGCCAAUCUGAGGAUGAGGACCUCCCACGAAGCUACAGAGAAGAAAGGCCCACAUUAGUGAGUGCCCUGACAGAGAGGAGAAUUGAUGCUGCCAUUGGGAAUCAGAACAAAGUCAAGUCCAUGGCAACCCAGCUGCUGGCCAAGUUUGAAGAGAAUGCACCAGUGCCGUCCUCUAACUUACGAAGACAGCAACCUGUCCUGCCUUACCAAGAGCGUGUCCACAACCAGCCAUCCAGCAGACGAGAGCAAGGCCGGCUUGCUCCCAUACCCCAGUGGAAACAGAGAUUCAGGGAACCUGGUGCUGGCUGUCCCGGGGAGCAGAGGUCCAGACAGGAAAGGCCUGAGACGGAGCCGUCUCGCCGAUUCUUUGUUGACCAGUGGGAGCUCUCCCUUAGCCUCCGCUCUUCCAACCGCCCUUCCUCACCCUCCUCCGACUCCCUCCGACAGAAGUACAUAAAGAUGUACACAGGCGGAGUGAGCUCAUUGGCUGAGCAGAUAGCCAAUCAGCUUCAAAGGAAAGAGCCACCCAAAACCCUUCUAGACAAGAAGGAACUGGGCUCGCUCAAGAAGGAAUUCCCCCAGAACCUGGGAGGCAGCGACGUGUGCUACUUCUGCCGCAAGCGGGUCUACGUGAUGGAGAGGCUCAGUGCUGAGGGCAAGUUCUUCCACCGCAGCUGCUUCAAGUGCGAGUACUGCGCCACCACCCUGCGCCUGUCCUCCUACGCCUACGACAUCGAGGACGGUAAAUUCUACUGUAAACCUCACUACUGUUACCGAGUCUCUGGUUAUGCUCAGAGGAAGAGGCCAGCAGUGGGUCCUCUGUCAGGAAAGGACACCAAAGGACCUCUGCAGGACGCCAUGGCCAGCGAUGGGAGCGGACGGGCCAACAGCAUCCCCACCUCAGCAGAGAGGGCCCCAGGUUCCAGUGUGAACGGGCUGGAGGAGCCCAGCCUGGCCAAGCGGCUGCGGGGCACUCCGGAGCGCAUCGAGCUGGAGAACUACCGGCUGUCCCUGCAGCGCGAGGAGGAGCUGGAGGAGGUCCCCGAGGAGACACUGGCAGAGCACAACCUGAGCAGCGUGCUGGACAAAGGGACAGAAGAGGAUGUGCCCAGCAGUAGUUCAGAAUCUGAGAUGGAGGAGGAAGAUGAAGAGGAAGAUGACGAACAGCAGCCCCCUUCAGACUUGGGUGGUGUGCCAUGGAAAGAGGCUGUGCGUAUCCACGCCCUCCUGAAGGGAAAGAGUGAAGAAGAGAUUGAGGCUGAGCAAAAUCACGAAAUUGAGUACAAAUACGAUGAUGAUGAGGAGGAAUAUGAAGAGGAAGAAGAUGAGGAGUCAAGUGAAGAGGGGGAGUAUAACCCUUGGGAGAGAGAGCUGCAGCAAGGCCUCUGGCUUCAACGUCUCUCAGAUGAAGAGGACUCGGGUACACGUAAAGCUGGAAACCUUAGGCUGCAGCAGAUUGUAAAUCCGGUUGAUCCUCUGGAGAUCCUGGCAGAUGUGCACUGGACACACAUCCGUGAGAAAGAGGAGGAGGAAAAAAUGGUCUCAGCCUCAAAGUCCUCCACCUCCAGAGCAUCCGACCUUCCCUCCGUACGCCAUGAGGCGGUACAGGCGUGGCUGGAGACGGUCCCUGGAGCUCCAUGUGAGGAGGAUGAUGUGGAGGAUGAGCUGGGCACAGAGCCUGCAGACACAGAAGGGCAGGCAGGUGAAGAGGGAGACACGGGUGCAGAGCUGGAUGAUGAAGACAUCGCGUCUGAUGCAGAAGCAGAGUUUCGCUUACGUCAGAGUGCUGUAGAAGGGGCAGAACUAAAAGUCUCUGAGGAUGAAGAAGAAGCAGAAGGUGCUUCCUGCAGUGCGACAGAAGAUCCAUGCAAGCCAUCCAUCCCUAUCCAGCCCUCUAGUGACAGUGUUCUUCCUCUGUCUCCAGCUGCUAGUCCCAAAGCAAAACAAGUAGAGGAUGUAGAAGAACCCCUGCCUGAAGCGUGCCGUGCAAUAAAAUCCCCAGAGCCACGCUUUUUUCCUGAGCCUUUCAUUCUUGAGGAAAGACCAAAGGAUGAAAUUCCCAAAGACAGGAAAGUUAAGAGCCCUUUGGUGCCACCAUCUCCAGUGUUGUCCCAGCCGGUUGCAUCACCAGAAGCCAUUGCACCCCCAUCACUAGCAGAGUCUCAGCCAGGAGCACCAGCACUGGCCUCAUCCCCAGCAUCUGCUCAAAUGCCUAUCUGUUCCCAGCCUUUGCCUUCUGCUGAAACAUCCAUUUCAUCCCCAGUGGAGCCUCCAGUAUGUUUCCAGCCUGUCCCAGCCUUAACGUCUACUCCUUUAGCCAAAUUGGCCCUUAGGGGCCAGGAUGGUGAGGUGGAAAAACUGGGGAGCCCCACUACUGCAGAAGAAGCCCUGAAACGGAGCAGCCUUGUGGAAGAGUUCUGGAUGAAGAGUGCUGAAAUCCGACGGAGCUUAGGGCUCACCCCCGUGGACAGAAACAAACGCUCAGAGAGCAACUUCACUGUGUCUGCUCUGGAGGCAACUCCUCAGAAGACUUUCAAUAGCAGGAAUUUUUCAGGGGAUGAAAGGAUUCAUCCUGUGAAACCCCAACCUGCCCCCAGAAGACAGGGUCUAUCCAAGUUAGAAAAUGAGCAGAUCUCUCUGCUUACUCCAAAGUCUCCAUCAGAAAAAGAGCUAAAGAUUUCCAGUGAAGUACGGGGAGAUGUAUCCAGCAGCUCUGGUCUUGGCCUUCAGGAGAGCUCAUCUAACAUGAGAACUAUGGCUAGCCAGAGCUUCAACACUUCUGACUCCACCAUGCUAACACCUCCAUCAAGUCCGCCCCCACCACCUCCUCAGAACGAGGAGCCGGCCACACUGCGUAGGAAGAGGUACCAGGCACUCUGGCAGAAUGAUGUAGAAGCCAGGUCACCCCCAACGCCAGCAUCGACACCUCCUGCUCCCCGACACCGGGAGCCGGCCCCUCCUGCCAAGGAGUCCCCCCCGGCCAAGAGGGACGACGUGCGGAAGUCAUUCGCAGAGAGCGUGGAUGAAAUUCCGUUUGCUGAUGAUGUGGAAGACACGUAUGAUGACAGGACAGAGGACUCAAGCCUUCACGAGAUGUUCUUUACGCCUCCUACCAGUAGGCCGAGGCCAGAGAAACCACAUCUUUUGCCCUUGGUCAAAGAAAACGGUGGUCCACCCUCAAUGGAAGGAGGGGUUCACCAUAAGAAGAGAGUGUUUCCUGACAUUUCUGUGGAGGCCAAGGAGAUUGCUGAAGAAAGAAUGAGAGCCAGAGAGAAGUCUGUCAAGAGCCCAGCGCUACGUGAUGCCAUGGCUAAACAGUUGUGUAAGAUGAAAGAUAUGGAGAUGGCUGCUGCUACUGGGGCCACAAGGGUACGAAAGGCAUCUUCUAUGCCCUUGAAGACCAAAGAGUUGUUUUAUGAGUCUCCAAAGCAUUUGGCCUUGAAAUUAGCAGAGGGAUCCGCACGAAAACAUAAUUCUGCUACUGAGAAGUACUCCACUCCUCCCGCUGACAUCACUGGACCUGAAGGGUCUGUCAGCUCUUCAGAAGGCUCCAGUGGGAAGAGUAAGAAAAGAAGUUCCCUCUUCUCCCCUCGUAAGAACAAAAAGGAGAAGAAAUCUAAAAACGAUAGCAGACUUUCUGACAAAUCUAGUGGUGGGACAGAGGAAGCAACAAAGCCUAGGUCGUUAUGGAAGUCUGUUUUCUCUGGCUAUAAGAAAGACAAGAAGAAAAAGGCUGAUGAGAAAUCUUGCCCAAGUACUCCCUCAAGUAAUGCCACUGUGGAUUCUGGCAAGCACAAACCCUCUCCACUGAUUACAGCUGCAGAUUUACAGCUCCGUCAGCACCUGAGUUUCUCAGAGGACUCCGACCUCUCCAGUGACGAUAUUCUGGAACGCUCCUCCCAGAAAUCCAAACGAGAGUCGAUCUAUGUACCACACGCCUUGGCAUUCAAGAGAUCAUACUCGUCAAAGAGGGCCUACACAGAAGAGGAGCUGAACGCCAAGCUGACACGGCGAGUACAGAAAGCUGCCCGCAGACAAGCCAAGCAAGAGGAGCUAAAGAGGUUACACAGAGCUCAGAUUAUCCAGCGGCAGUUGGAGCAAGUGGAAGAGAAGCAGAGGCAACUCGAGGAGAGAGGAGUUGCUGUGGAGAAGGCCCUUCGAGGAGAAGCAGACUAUUGGGGAGAGUCUUAUUACAGUGACCUCAUCGACUUGCAUCUGGGUGUUGAGCCCAAUGCCGGGACACCACGUCGUAGACCUCUCUCCUUCUGCCCUUGCUGUGCCCAUGAAGGCAUGGGUAAGAAGGAUGACCCCAAGCUGAUGCAGGAGUGGUUCAAGCUGGUGCAGGAGAAGAAUGCCUUGGUUCGCUACGAGUCUGAACUGAUGAUAUUUGCUCGGGAGCUAGAACUGGAAGACAGGCAGAGUCGACUGCAGCAGGAACUCCGUGAGAGGAUGGCAGUAGAAGAUCAUCUGAAGACAGAUGAGGAGCUCUCGGAGGAGAAGAGGAUCCUGAACGAAAUGCUUGAAGUAGUGGAGCAGAGAGAUUCCCUUGUGGCUCUCCUUGAGGAGCAGCGGCUUAGAGAAAAAGAAGAAGACAAGGACCUGGAGGCAGUCAUGCUUUCCAAAGGUUUUAGCUUGAACUGGUCCUGAGCUUAACACAUUUAUCUCUGCUGGUCUGUGUUGUCCAGUUGGCCUACCCUGAGUUUGCCAGAAUUACAUGGAUAGGAAGAUGUUGAAGGGGAAACCUCUGAAGGGUCCAACAGCAUGCAGGGAUUUGGUUUGAAGCACUCAGAAGUCUUUUGAUAAGUGUGUCGGUUCCAGAAGCUUAAGUUUUACAUGUCUGCAAGCAAAGUUGAAGAAGUGAGUUGAGACUGUGGAGUCUCCUUGAGGUCCUGUAUAAUGGACCAUAUUUUGUGUGUGGUAGGAGGGAGGGGGAAUAAUCCAUGUGUGGGGAAGGAGGUUAAGGGAAGAAGUACCCUUAACUACACUGGAUUUAAGGCAGUCCAUUCCUUUCCCAUUUUUACUACACCAGUUCUAAUAAAAGGGAGGGAAAUGGCAACCUUUCCUGAAAAACCACAGCAGCCUGUAGCAGUGGAGCCAGCUAUCCAAGAGAGCUCCAGAAGCCCAGGGCAACACCUUCUUUGCUUUAGUCUUCCUCCCCACCAAAGAAACCUGCAGUUGAUCCUUAUGCAUGGAUAUGAAGAAAUACAAGACAGAGAAGACACUGCUAUGCGUGAUGGAACUCUCUGCCUCUUGCUUUUUGGAGAGAAGUGGGCAUCAGUGGACUCUUUCCCUACCUUAGCCUCCUAAAUCUUCUUGUGGGGAACAAAGGGGGAGCGGAAGAGAGAGAGAAGAUGCCUAUCUGCUUUGCUACACACUGGAGAGGCAGCUACUGCUGGCCUUAGUCUUCAUGGCCACAGCUCAGAGGCUGGUGGACUUCCUUGUUCAGUUUUUAUUGUGACUGUUUUGACACUGGAAAAUACUGCUGUGGGACAGUGGUAAGUGUGUGCUGGGGCGGGGGUGUUCCCAGGCAGCAUUCCCUGGUUAUAAAGCCCCCUAAAAGGGAGAAGCCCUUAAGUGACCGAACCACCAUUAAGACUUUUCAGUGUUUUUAUUUUUUCUUCCUUUGUAUUUUGUUUUUGCACAUUGGAAACAAAGCUUAAGACCUGCCUGGGCCCUCAGUCACUUUGACCCUUUUAUGUCAAUUAACUUAUUUUUUUAAUACUUGAAAGAAGAUUCAUUUUUGUAUCUUUUAGGAAAAAAAUGGACGAGUGAUGGUGUGUGUGCCUGCUGCAUCCUACAACUUCCACUUCAAAAUUACUGGACGUUGUUACCUGUGGCUAUUUAUUAGUGUUCUUAAUAAUAAUUUGAUUGUUACACAUAUUUGAUUGUGGAGGGAGUGUUUUAACUCUGUUAGAGAAAGACACUACUGCAGAUUGGUCCCUGCUUCACAGCAAGGGCAGCCUUUAUGUACCCAUGGAUGCAUCCUGCCCUAGGAGUUUUCCUGUAUGAGAAAAUCCUGUGCACUCAAUGGAUUUUAAGAAUCUAUUUGUGUUCUUAGCAUCCUUUUCUUCCACAUCCCACAUUCUCUCUUUUGGACUAACAAACCUAUAUUUAUUUAAAUUUUACAUUUUUAUAAUAAGAAAGCCAAAACUGUGAGGCAGAAAUAUCCCAUAUGACUCUUCCUCACUGAAAGAGGAGAUACUCACAGUCAUGAUACAGUUCAAGGGAUUUCCACAAAAACAAAAAUAGCACAUUUCCUGCUGCAUCUGUUGGAAGAAGCUCCUUUUGGCCCAGCUAGUGAAUCUGCUGUUUUUCAGCCAGGAGGGUCCUGAGUGUAACCACACAAUAACCAGUGAGCAGGAUGUGCACUGAGCAGCUCAGCCCCACUCCCUGUGGGACAGACUCCCUGGGCAAACUGUGUCCUUAACCUAUCCUGCAGAGCUGAAACAGCACCGUGCACUGGGGAUGUGUCCCAUCCUUCACAUGAUGUGUCCAGAGGGUUUCCUUACUUGGGAUGCUGUGUUCUUUUUGUGUUAAAGAAGUACCAAGGCUGCUUUCUGACAUCUUUGAGAACAUGUCCAUUCACAAGCACAUUUGUACAGCCUGACUCUUCCAGCUGGAACUGACACUGCCGGUGCGAGGCACCCCAACAGGGCUGAACAUCCUUCAGUCCUUUGCCCCAACACAGAAGUUUGCAUGGUUUCUUGCUCUUGGCUCUCUGCCUCCUUCAGAGAGGUCUCCUAUAAGCCAAGAUCUAUGAUUUGAAUUCACCUCUGACUUGGGAGAAUGUCCCAUGCUGAGGGACAAUGGGUAGGAGUGUCCAUGGGGACACUGAGCAGUGCUGGUUGCUAACUGUGGAAACCCAUGUUUUCCACCCAAAGUGUUCUCCCUUUAUUCCACCUAGUGUUUUAUGCUAAGGCAUUACAAAUUAAAUCCAAAUACUCGUGAAACCAAGCAGACAGACAGGCAGCUGCAGUGCUACUUCACAACUGUGCGUGUUUAGCAAGUUUAGCAAAGGCACCUGCCAUUCCAGCAUCCCAGAGUGUUGCCUUUACCAGCAGGAUGGCUAAUGAACAGAAUUCCUUCCCGUUUGCUGGUGCAGGGCCUGCUGCUCGAGUCAGACUGGCAAAGGUAGUUUACACAGUCUGCAUUUGAGGGGCCACUGGAAGCUGGAGUUCAGGAAGAGGGGAAAAAAGAAAGUUUACUGUGAAUUGUCUUGUGCAGAGAAUUGGCCUCAGUCCAUUUUAUAGUGCACUGGGUAUAUGGAUCACAUCUAUUUUGUAACAAAAGGUCAUUGAAUGUGAGCUGUAGAACAAAGUCCUGAAGAAGAAACACCAGAUGGUUUCUUUUCCCUUUCAUGCUGAGGGACAUUGGUCAGAUCUUUGCAAUGCUGAGGAGUGAGAUCACUUCCGGGUGUAAUACCUUAUUGCACAGAAAACCCACAUAUUCUAACCCUAAACUCUUCGGGUUCUGCUGAAGGCCUCCAGCGGCAAGAAUGAAAACAAAGAGCUAACAUCGCACACACAAAUUGAUUUAAAAUACACUAAAGGGAAUGUUAAAAGGCCUUUUUAUAUCAAAAUGGUUGUAAAAGGCACAACUUGUUAUUUGCUGUUCAGUUGCACUUUAAGAAUAUGACUUGCAUAUCAGUAGUGGGUUUUUUUACUCUCUGAAUACUUUUAAUUCAAAUUUUGUAUUUUUAAAGCUGAAGAAGGUUCUUGUGAGCACAAGAUUCCUUAUUUGUAUCCGAAUCCGAGCAGGAUGUUCUAGCUCUUCGCGCUGCCCGCAGCGCACGCUCAGCCAUGCGCGUUCAGUGACGUGUGUCCAUUUCACGUGUGAGGAGAACCAAGGGACCCUCAGCUCCUGAGACGUGGCACGCGAGGGUGGCUGUCCCCAGGUGACGUGCCCUGACCCAGGGCUGGCCGCUUCAUCCCGGCAGCAGGUGGGAAGAGAGCCGAGCUUGGAACCUGAGCCGUGUUGGUUUCCAAACGGGCACACUGAGGAUGGGGCAAACCCUUCAGCCCCCUGCAAGGAAGGGAGGGGAACACCAGCUCCUGGAAGAAAGUGCCCAGGAAAUAAAUGGAGGUGGGGGACUGAGGACUGCCAGAACAACUAAUCUGUUGUUUUCAUAGUAAUAUUUUUUUUUUUACUCUUCUGUUCCUUUUAACCACAUUUUCAUUAAAAGUCACAACUGGCUGUAAAAUUCCGAGCUUCAGAGAACUAAUGUGUGGGGAGGUGACAAGACAUUUCAGCUCCAACUUUCAGACAUAUUCCUUCUUUCAGUUAACCAAUACCCCCUGGUCUCACUAGGGCAUGUUAUAAACUGCAUUGCUGAACAUAUUUUAGAGCAAACUGCAAGUUUUAAAAGUCUGUCCUUCUCUCUCUGUCUCUGCAUUUUCUGUAAAUAUUUGUUUGUAUGUAAAGGCACCAGUGGAUCCUUGGGCUACCCCCAUGGUCAAGAAUCUGAGUUUUGUGCAAUGCCUAGGCCUCUGUUAGAACACGGUGCUUGCAUAGAGCUAGUGUGUGCACUCUGGUGGGUUUUAAUAUUUUUAUACAUCCCAAUCCUGAACGUUAAUGAAGUAUUCUAAGUGGUCUAGACAGCAUGAUCUAGAGCAGCCGGCAGUUCCCUUUUGUCAGCAGCUACACCUUGUUUGGUUAACAUUCUUCUAAAAUGAGUUUUCCAUUAAGUGUUUGCACCACACACCAGUGGAUUGAGAGAGGUGUUACAUUGUAAAAUCUCCCAUGUACAAACUGAAAAGCUGCAGUGGGAAUUUCAGUUGUCACUGUCUGCAAGGAAGAGCGCUCUAAAGCAUACUAAAAACCAGCCUGUAUAUAGUUCACAGAGAUCGCUGGCUGUUGACCUUUGCAAAGUAACAGAGAUGGGAAGCUUUCCAAAAGUUCCUGCUUUUGGAUUGUCCAAGCCUGCUACCCUGCCUGUGUGUUCCUGCUUGGCAGGUAUUAGGCAGGGUAGCAGGCAGAUGAGGAUGUCACUGGAAGCAGGUGUGAAGGGCAGGAUGCCAUGUUCUGAUGGCAUUGCAGUAAUUUAAAUACUCUAUAUCUGUGCGUGCAUGCGUAUGUAUGUGAAGUCUAGGUCAGGCAAAGGGAGUUGCUUUGGCAUCUGCCUUUUUGUGUGAACCUGAACUCUGAUAUUCAGAUUGUUCAAGGCUUUUACGGUUGGCAUGUAUGGAGCGUUAACAGAAAAGUGAAUACCCUACCUGUACAAAACCAACUCUGUUCCAGCCUGUUUUCUUCUAUUUGGUUGUGUUUUAUCGUUUGUUUUUAUGCACACUUGCUUCAUUGGUGUUGAGAUUUUAGCACCUCAGAUGGCCAACUGAACUAAAAAAAAAAUAAAGUCAUUAAUUAUUUUUUC